CACCUGCUGCGUCUCAGACCCAAGCCUGGACCCGCUGCUGGAGUUCAGACCCAGUCCGGUUCUGUUCAGAUCCCCACGAGAACCGGCGGAACCUGAAGUCUCUCAGGUCCGGUUCUAAUCACUUUGUUUCAGUUUAUUUAGAAUCAGUUUGUAGACUCGCUCCAGAUCCAGCGCUUGGGUUCUAAAGCCCGGAUCUCCUCAGAACACCUGCUCCGCUCCGGUUCUGCUCGGAGCUCCAGAACCAGGCGGCUUGACUGAUCGGAGAUGCCGGUGCGGGUCCCGGACGACUCGGACUUCUCCUCUUUUAAGGAUCAGUGUCUGAGUCCGGACGGAUGGAGCAGCCGGUACAGCAAGGGCGGAGUGACGGUGUGGUGCCGGGAGGAGGACAGCAGCUCGGUCCAGAAGAUCAAGAUGAGGAUCGUGUGCAAAGAUGUGACGGCAGAGACGCUGUACGACGUCCUCCAUGACACCAGCUAUCGUAAGAAGUGGGACACCAACAUGAUCGACACGUAUGACAUCGGCAGGCUGACGGUCAACGCAGACGUGGGAUAUUACUCCUGGAAAUGCCCGACUCCCCUGAAGAACCGAGACUUUGUGACGAUGAGGUCUUGGCUUCCACUCGGCAGCGACUACAUGAUCAUCAACUACUCCGUCAAACACCCGCAACAUCCUCCUAAGAAGGACUACGUCCGCGCCGUGUCUCUGCUGACGGGCUACCUGAUCCAGUCCUCCAGUGCCACCAGCUCCACGCUCUACUACCUGACCCAGGUGGACCCCAAAGGCUCGUUACCAAAGUGGGUCGUUAACAGAGUCUCUCAGUUCGUGGCUCCAAAGGCCAUGAGAAAGAUCUACAAGGCGUCUCUGAAGUACCCCGAGUGGAAGCGGAAACAUAACCCGGCCCUGAAGCCGUGGAUGUACCCGGAGCAGAACACGCUGCCCUCCAUCAGCCCGGCGGACCUGACCUUGCAGCGCGCCGACUCUCUGGAGAACAUCGACGAGAGCGGCGUGAGCGAAGAGAAGGCGCAGCACAGCGAGGACGAGGAGACCUAGACUGUCCCCAGACUCUCAGCAGGACUGUCCUUCUCUCUCCUUCUGUCUGCUGGUUUGUUUGAUCACCAGUUGGGAUGUUUCCCACCGGCAGCGAAUGCAUCACAGUCCUUCAGCUUCUAUCACUGGACAUGUUUACCCUGAAGCCCUCCGUCUUCAGGCUGUCCAUGAGCAGAGAAGACCGUCCAAUAACCUCAGACUGUCCCCAAGCUGUCCUCUGACUGUCCUCUGACUGCAGAGGUUUUCCCCUUCUGUCCUCUUUAAGGUUUUAUGACCAAACCAAGCCUGGUAAAUUCUAAUCAGCAAAAAAAAAAAAAAUCUUUUUUUUUAUGGAUCUUUUUAGAUUUGAUGUGUUAAACUGAGCUGAAAAUCAAUUCCUCAUUAUUUAAUAGAAGUGAAACAUGUAAAGACAAAUUUUUUACAGUUACUAAUUAGAUGAAAAAGACCAUUAUGUGUGCGAUUAAUAAAGGUUCCUUUAACCUG